CACUUCCAGUAGAAGAAACUCAGACCUCGGGAAGUGUUGGAUGGUGACAGCUGUGUUUGUGUCUGGACACCCCCCUCCAUCUCUUUUCUGAUGCUGUGGGCAAGUGAUGUUGGUUGGGCGUACAUGCCCCCUUGGCCUGUACCUAUUGAGUGACUUUAUUAAAUAAACGCCCCUGAAAUCCUUCCACCAAAGUCUGGCUUUAUAGGAUUAGACUUGAACAAACAGCCCUCCAUCUGAGACUUCUACAAAUUUUCCCACCCUCCUCUUCCGUUGGGAUGUAGUACCGGAAAACACGAGCGUCACCAAACGCUAAACUAAUGGAUGUCUGUACAGCUGUGACCCACCGGACUUUCCACCAAUGACACGCCUUCCAAAUGCUGCCAUGAUGCCCGCCUGCACAUCGCCAUUUAAAACCAACCAACCGACCCGUAACCCAACUAACAAAAGUGCUCAACACCUCGGAAAAAAGAGUAAAGGAGAAAGAUUUGGUUUAUGGACCUGGAUUUAGUCAAAGACCAUCUUUACAGUGGAAUCAGUUUGUGUGGAUAUUAAAACACCAGACGCUGACGGAGAACGACUGAAGAGCUUCAGAUAGACUCAGAACAUCUUGAGGAACACAAUGAAGAUAUUCCUUGCAUAUCUAGUGGGGCUUCGUCUCAUUAUGGUGAAGGGACAUUGGUGCGAGCACGCGGUGGAGGAGAAGAUGGAGAGGAUCAUCUCGCCCCGUCUUCAGCUCGAAGUGAAAUGUUCUGAGGUGUAUCAAUACAACACUCGAGGCUGGAGACUGGAUGUGGACAGAAUGCGUCACGAGCACGGCGGUGAUGAUGGGAUUGCGCUAUAUUACAAAAGACAGGGUCCCAAAGCAUUCUGUUACCUAUUCAAGCCGCCAGACAUUGAGACGGACACAGUGAACAGAACCGUGAGACAGUGUUGUGAGGGCUGGAGCGGACCACACUGCUCUGAGGGGGUGGGUUUCAGGGGUCAGUGUUUCUCGACAUGGACGUGUGAGGAGUUUCCAGGGGUUCAGAACAGUUCCCUCAUGGCUUUGGAGGAAUGCUGCAGUAAACUGUGGGGUCUUAGCUGGAGAAACGCUUCUGACGGGACCUGCUUGACCUGCACCUACACACUCCUGUCAGAUUUUAGGUCUCCUGUUACUCGUGGUGGUCUGUUCCGAGGCGUUCGGGACCCUCAGGCCUCUGGCACCUGUAUGAGCUGGGGCGGAGCUCAUUACCGCACCUUUGACAGGAAACACUUUCAUUUCCAGGGUACCUGCACGUAUCUGCUGGCCUCAUCCACUGACGGGACGUGGACGGUGUAUAUCACUUCAGUGUGCGAUAGCUCGGGUCACUGCAGUAAGACUCUCAGGAUGAUGAUGGGACUCGGUUUGGUCUUCAUUUAUAAAGGCAACAUGACUGUAAACGGUUUAGUGGUGCCGCAGGGUGAAUCUCUCUUUCAGAAUGGAGUCAGCGUUCACUGGCUGGGUGAUUUUGUUUUUGUGGAGAGCGGUUUGGGCGUCAGAUUGAAAUUCGACAUGGAGAAUAACGUCUAUUUGACGGUUACCGCUGAACACCAGACGGCCACUAGAGGGCUCUGCGGGGUAUUUAACAACAACCCAGACGAUGACUUCACCACCAGCGCUGGAAGUGUUUCGCCUUACGCCGCCAGCUUUGGAAACUCAUGGCGUGUGCAGGAUCAGCAGACCCAGGUGUGUAAUGAUGCCGCUGAGUUGGGUCACAGCUGUGAUGUCACCGCUGACGUUUCUCUCCGUCAUAACGCAGAGACCGUGUGUCAUCGGCUGAAAGAAUCUCCGUUCACACACUGUCAUCAGCAGGUAGAUCCUGGUCCGUAUAUAGACACGUGUCUGUAUCUAUACUGCAGUCUGAGCGCGAGCGAGAGAGACGCGGCCGUCUGUGACACAUUAGCUGGCUACGUGCGCGAAUGCGCGCAGCAACACGUCAUUAUUAGCUGGAGGAAGUCGGGGUUUUGUGAGCGCACGUGUCCCAGCGGUCAGGUGUUCUCUGACUGCGUGUCGUCGUGUCCCCCCAGCUGCUCGUCUCGUCUCCCCCCCGCGUCGGGUCAGUGCCGGGACGAGUGUGUCGGUGGGUGUGAGUGUCCUCAGGGUCUCUACCUGCACGCCGGUCAGUGCUGGAGACGAGAUGACUGUCCGUGCUUCUACAGACGCCGCACGUACGGCACGGGAGACACCAUCACUCAGAAGUGUAACACAUGCGUGUGUCGAGCGGGUCAGUGGGAAUGUUCUGGAGAGAGAUGUGAAGCUCAGUGUACUGUGACCGGAGGGAUGCACAUCACCACAUUUGAUCAGAAGAGAUACGACCUGCAGGGCGGCGACUGUCGCUUCACCGCUGUAGAGGAUUUUGUGGAUAAGAAGCUGUCUGUGAGCAUCAGUGGAGGAUCGUGUGCAGGUGGAGGAGCUGAUGGUUGUCUGAGAGAACUGACGGUCACAGCGCUUCAUACGACAGUGAUCAUUACAGACACAGGUUCAGUGAUGGUGAACGGUCAGAGGGAGAUGUUGCCGCUCAUAACAGGAGAUCUGAUGGUCAGAAAAGCGUCCUCUAGUUUUCUUGUCAUCCAGGCGUUUGGAGCUGAGUUGAUGUGGUAUCUGGACGGUCCAAUGCUCUUCAUCACCCUACAGCCUGGGUUUGCUCAUAAGGUUCGAGGGUUAUGCGGCACUCUGACGUGGACUCAACACGAUGACUUCGCCACACCUGAAGGCGAUGUCGAAAACGGCGUUACCUCCUUUGCCGGCAAGUUCAGCACAGGGUCGUGCCCUCUGCCCUCAGCUGGGACCUCUGACCCCUGUGGGACGUAUACCCAGCGCAGACAGUAUGCAGAGAGCGUGUGCUCUGUCAUCCACAGCGCGGCGUUUCAGGCGUGUCAUGAUGUGGUGGACAGAGAGUCAUACCUGCGUUUGUGUCUGAGUGAGGUGUGCAGCUGUGGCCCUCUGAAAUCCUGCCAGUGCACCGUCCUCGCCGCCUACGCCCGACACUGUGCCCAAGAGGGGGCGCCGGUGAGCUGGAGAAAUCGCACCUUCUGCUCGGUGCAGUGUUCCGGAGGUCAGGUGUAUCAGGAAUGCGGGCGUCCGUGCGGAGCUUCAUGUUCUGAUCUGUGGCGGGGCUGGAGCUGUGAGGAGGGCAUCAGGAGCUGCGUGCCAGGCUGUCAGUGCCCAGAGGGACUGGCACAGGACGGCGAGGGUCAGUGUGUGCCCGUCAACAUGUGUCCCUGCAUGCAAGGAGACAAACUUCACCCCGCUGGAAGUACCAUACAGAAGAACUGCAACAGCUGCGUGUGCACGCGUGGCAUGUGGACAUGCACAGACGACUCCUGUCCUGAGGUCAGUCAGUGUCCAGGCUCUCUCAUCUUCUCUCCUCACUCGUGUUUGAGAACAUGUUCUGGUCCACAUCCUCCUCUGGACAUCUGCACUGAACCCAUGCAUGGCUGUGUCUGCCCUGAAGGGACCGUGCUGCUGGGUGAUGAUCAGUGUGUAACACCAGAUGAAUGUCCGUGUCAUCACAACGGCAAACUGUAUUUCACCAAUGACACCAUCUCUAAAGACUGCAACACAUGUGUCUGUCGUGGUCAGCGUUGGCACUGCGGUCAGCUCUUAUGUGCAGGUACCUGCGUGGCCACAGGUGACCCUCAUUACAUCACUUUUGACGGGCGGUACUUCUCGUUCCUGGGCGACUGUGAGUAUGUGCUGGCCCAGGAGACAAGCGGUCUGUUCGGUGUGACCGCUGAGAACGUGCCCUGCGGGAGCACAGGGGUCACAUGCACCAAAUCUGUCACCCUGACCGUGGGCAAUACCGCCAUACACCUGCUCAGAGGUAAAGCUGUGACUGUCAACGGCAUUCCUGUGACUCUCCCAAAAUCAUAUUCUGGCAGUGGAUUGAUUCUGGAGCGGGUCGGGAUGUUUGUGUCCCUCACCUCUCGUCUCGGGGUCUCACUGCUCUGGGAUGGAGGUAUGCGUGUUUAUGUGCGACUGAUGCCUCACCUGAGUGGUCGAAUGGGAGGAUUGUGUGGGAACUUUGAUGGAGACGCUGAGAACGACUUUACUACGAGACAAGGAAUCAUGGAAUCAACUCCAGAACUGUUCGGAAACUCGUGGAAGGUCAGUCCUUCCUGUCCUGAUGUCACGGACCAGGACCUCCGGGACCCCUGCAUUAUCAACCCUCACAGGGUGACAUGGGCGAAGAAAAAGUGUGCCGUGAUUGGUCAGGAGAUCUUCAGCCCGUGUCACGCUGAGGUGCCGUUCCAGAAGUACUACGACUGGUGUGUUUUUGACGCCUGCGGUUGUGAUUCAGGUGGUGAUUGUGAGUGUCUGUGUACGGCCAUCGCUGCGUAUGCUGAGGCGUGUAACCGCAGAGGAGUGUACAUACGCUGGAGGUCACAGGAACUCUGCCCUCUUCAGUGUGAGAAUGGUUUGGUGUACGAGGCGUGCGGUCCUGCCUGUUCUCCUGAAUGUCCCAGCGCUCCUUCAAACCCUGAAACUCUCUGUGGUGCCCUCUCCUGUGUAGAGGGAUGCUUCUGUCCUCACGGCACCGUACGGCACGGUGACGGUUGUAUCUCUGUGUCUCAGUGUCCGUGCGAGUGGGACGGAUCUUUGUAUCCUGCAGGAGCGUCUCUUGUUCAACACUGUCAGAACUGCUCAUGUUCUGACGGUUCGUGGCAUUGUGUCGGAUCUCCGUGUUCUCCUCCGUCACCCUGUGAGGAUUCAGAGUUUCUCUGUCCGGGCGGAUCUCAGCGCUGUAUUCCGUCUCUCUGGCUCUGUGAUAAUGAAGACGACUGCGGCGAUGGUUCUGAUGAGAUCUGUCCGUCCACGUGCGCUCCAGGUCACUUUCGCUGCUCCGGAGGUGCCUGUUUACCACUGGAGCUCAGGUGUAACGGACACCCCGACUGCGCCGACCAAUCAGAUGAGGACUUCUGUGCACCUGCCUCACCGGUACCUGUCUGUCCAGCCGGAGAGUUCAUGUGCUCAAAUGGACGCUGUCUUCCUGUCAGGAAAGUCUGUGACGGGAAGCUGGAUUGUGGAUUUGCUGAUGAUUCUGAUGAGCACGACUGUGGCGUGCUGUGCAGACAGGAUGAGUUUCGUUGUUCGUUGGGUCGUUGUGUGCUUUAUCUUCAUCGCUGUGACGGUCAUGAUGACUGUGGAGACUACAGCGAUGAGAGAGGAUGUGUGUGUGCUCCCGGAGAGUUCCAGUGUCCUGAAGAUCAGUGUGUACCUGCAGACAGAGUGUGUGACGGACGCAGAGACUGUCUAUCCGGCAUCGAUGAGCUCAUCUGUCCCUUUAAAGGGUGCAGUCAGUUUGAGUUUGGGUGUACGAGCGGACAGUGCGUCCCUCUUGCCUGGCGCUGUGACAGUGAGACGGACUGUCUGGACGGGACGGAUGAGAAACACUGUUCCCGCACCUGUCAACCUGACCAGUUCCUCUGUCAUACUGGAGACCAGUGUAUCCAACACCAGCAGCUGUGUGAUGGCACGCCGGACUGUAAAGACGCUUCAGACGAGAGCGUGGACAACUGCGGCUCCACGUGGAUUCCUCCGUGUCCAGGCAGCUUCUCCUGUGAUAACCGCACGUGUGUCAAUGUUUCACGUGUGUGUAACGGGAUCCCCGACUGCCCCAGAGGAGAGGACGAGAUAUUGUGCGAUAAACUCAGUCCCUCCGGAGCGCCUCCUACGGAUGGAAACACCACUGCAGUCUGUUCAGAGUUCACCUGUGUGGACGGAUCGUGUGUUCCCUUCAGUGCGUUGUGUAACGGUAUAGCAGACUGUCCCUCAGACGAGCAGGGUUGUGGUGUCUGGGGGUCUUGGGGUCUGUGGAGUUCCUGCAGCAGUAGUUGUGGAGCCGGCGUCAUGAGCCGACAGAGACGCUGCACUCCAGAGGAUUCAGACGUGAGCUGUAGGGGUGAGAGCGUUCAGAGACAGCAGUGUUACUCCACGGCCUGUCCAGUUGAUGGUUACUGGUUGCCGUGGGUGACAUGGUCAAAUUGCAGUGCGGGUUGUGAGGGGGUGGAGGUGCGACAGAGAGAGUGUUUCCCCCCGCAGAACGGAGGAAGAACCUGCACGGAACUACCCGGAGAAACCAACCUGACUACUGACAUCAGGCCCUGUCCUCCGAACGGCUGUGUUAACGUCUCGUGUCCCGCGGGUCUCGUCAGACACACCUGUGCAUCGUGCCCUUUGACCUGUGCUCACGUCUCCAGGGCAACGACAUGUGACCCCAACUCCAAGUGUUUCACAGGUUGCUGGUGUGCUGAUGGGAGGGUCAUGAAUCACGAGCGUCAGUGUGUCCUGCCGGACGAGUGCGUGUGUGAGGUGUCUGGGGUCAGAUAUUGGCCCGGUCAGCAGGUUAAAGUGGGCUGUGACAUCUGUGUGUGUGAGAGAGGCCAAGCUCAGCGCUGUCAACCCAACCCUGAGUGUUCUGUACACUGUGGCUGGUCAUCGUGGUCGUCGUGGGGUGAGUGUUUAGGUCCGUGUGGAGUUCAGAGUGUGCAGUGGUCUUUCCGGAGUCCAAACAACCCAUCCAAACAUGGCAAUGGACGACAGUGCCGUGGGAUAUACCGCAAGGCCAGACGGUGUCAGACGGAGGCGUGCAGUGAGUGUGAGUAUGAGGGUCACACACAUGCGGUGGGCGAGCGAUGGAGGGGGAGUCACUGUCAGCUGUGUCACUGCUUGCCCAACCUGACGGUGCGGUGCGCCCCCUUCUGCCCAUACACUGCCACUGGAUGCCCACAGGGUCAGACUUUGAUUCUGGGUGAAGGAGAUCGAUGUUGUCGUUGUGAAGAUAAAGGUAAUGGUACCACUAUCUUGGCAACUACCCCAGCAGCCCUUGCAAUAACAGUUGGGGUCUCUACACCAGCAGACGGGCCACCAUCUGUGCCAACAUACCCUCUGCCACCUGGAGAUGAGUGCUGGUCAGCUCUGGGGAUUCACUCGCUCCCUGUCGCCAGUUUCAGCGCGUCGUCCCACCAGUCGGGUCAUCCUCCUUCAGCGGGACGCCUGCACGCACGAGACCCCCACAGCGACCUGCAGGGCUGGAGUCCAGAACCGGAGCAGUACAGAGACCUCUCACCCGGUGCUCCUGAGGGUCAUGUGAUCACCACACACGCUCCGUAUCUCCAGAUGGACCUGCUGAGACCCUACAAUAUCACAGGUGUGUUGACUCAGGGUGGAGGUGUGUUUGACACUUUUGUGUCCAGCUUCUAUCUUCAGUUCAGCAGUGAUGGACAUCAGUGGUACAUGUACAAAGAGCUCAUCACAGACGCCAGACCCAAAGCUAAGGUGUUUCUGGGUAACAGUGAUGAUCACGGUGUCGCUCUGGCCCGGUUGGACCGGAUGGUGUCGGCUCGGUUUGUUCGGAUUUUGCCUCAUGACUUUCAGAACGGGAUCUAUCUGAGAGUUGAGCUCGUGGGCUGCGCUGAGGAGCAUCACGGGUCCACUCCUGCACCUCCUCUGACUGUCUCUCCUCCGCUGCGUCCCUGUAGAGAGAGAGAGUUUCUGUGUGGGAACGGACGCUGUGUUCCCGCUGGUCCUCAGGGGGCGCUGUGUGACGGGCUCGAUGACUGUGGAGACGCUACAGAUGAACUGAACUGUGGUACACGUCCUAUUCCAACCCUCUGCCCGUCAGGUCAGUUCUCUUGUCCUCCACCAGAUGGCUGUAUUGAGUCAGUGCAGCGGUGUGAUGGAGUGCAACAGUGUCGAGAUGGUGCUGAUGAGAGAGACUGUACACACACAAAUAUAACUCACAUCACCCCUACAGCCGCCCCUCUCAGGACGCCCAGCAAGACGCAUGUAACCACACCCAAACCUCUCACCACCACAGAAGCCAGACCUGGUGCAAAAGGGAUCUGCUCCUCUCCUCUUGGAUUGGAGGAAGGGCGUGUCCAUUAUGGUCAGCUGACCUCGUCGUCCUACAGAGAGAAUAACCCUGCAGACGCCGGCCGCCUCAAUGUUGUUCCUAACGUGAUGAUCAUGGAGCCCGGGUGGAGUCCGUUGCCCGGUGACCCUCAUCCGUUCUUCCAGGUGGAUUUUCUGGAGCCCACAUGGAUAUCUGGUGUGGUGACGCAGGGCAGCGAGCGCAUGUGGGGUUACCUCACCAAAUACAGACUCGCGUUUGCUUUAGAGGACAACCAUUUCACAAACUUCACAGAGACCGGAGAGAAAGGAUCCCCUCCGAAGAUGUUUGAGGUGAGGAUGGUCGGACGCACACCAGUCACACGCUGGUUGGAGAGAUUGGUGAAAGCACGAUACCUCCGGAUCAUUCCUGAAGAAUUCAGAAAUACUUUCUACCUGCGGGUCGAGGUUCUGGGCUGCAGAGGAGAUGAGUCGGUCACACCCGGUAGUGAAGUGUCCACGGUGACACCCGGUGUACCAGGGUUACAGAAUCGCACCGGACCGACCGGAAGUCCCGGUCACUAUGACCACACCUCCGGACCUCCAGGGCUUCACACUAAAAGUCCUCAGGAUGGCAGUCCUGCUGUAGCGCCACCCACCCGCACCACAACAGCGCCACCUGUCGUCGGUCCAACAGGAGAACCAGGUAUUCAUAUUCUAACGGUUUGGGUGUGUGUUUACCUGUCACGUCAGAUAUCACAACAUCAAACAUGUCUUAUUCAAGGUCUCUGGGACACACCGACACCUCCUGAUGACGGAUUACCCAGAGUCCUGUGUGUGGAGGGUCAGUUUGUCUGCAGGAGUUUUGGUUGUGUGGAAGCUGCGCUGGUGUGUGAUGGACGUAAAGAUUGUCCCGAUGGCUCGGAUGAGGAGCGCUGUGGGGCCGUCACACCCGUUCCUUCACCCAUAACACCCACCCAGCGACCCCGGGUGCCCAAACCCUGCUCAGUCAAGCAGUUCAGCUGCUGGAGCGGUGAGUGUGUGAGUUUGGGGAAGCGCUGUGAUCUCCGCAGAGACUGUGCCGAUGGAUCGGACGAGCAGGACUGCUUCGAUUGUAUUUUGUCUCCGUGGAGUUCCUGGAGUCAGUGCAGCGCAUCGUGUGGACUCGGAUCGCUGUUUCGUCAGAGGAGCAUCCUGAGGGACGCCCGGCCGGGCGGUUCCUGCGGGGGGGCUCAGUUCGACAGUCGGGCGUGUUUUCUUCAGGCCUGUCCAGUGGACGGUCUGUGGUCCGAGUGGUCCGAGUGGUCGGGUUGUGACGUCCCGUGUGGUGGAGGUCUUAGCGUGCGAAACAGAACCUGCUCGAACCCUCCGCCCAAAAACGGUGGGAAAGAGUGUGAGGGAAUGAGCAGACAAACACACGGCUGUAACGCCUGCGGUCCCGAGACUGACACACACACGGGUUGCACUGGAGGAAUGAUUUUAGUGAAGGAGUCAGACUGUUUGGCUGGAAGAAUGGACCCGUGUCCUGUGACCUGCUCUGAUCUUCAGGAUGAGACCAGCUGCACCUUAAACUGCACGACAGGAUGUCGCUGUCCUCCUGGACUCCUCCUUCAGGCUGGACGUUGUGUAAACAUCAGUGAGUGUGAGUGCUCAUGGGAAGGUUCAGUCCUCCGGCCCGGGGAGGAAGUUCAUAACAACAGCUGUAGCACAUGCGUGUGUAAAGAGGGGCGUGUCACAUGCGAUAAGUCCAGCUGUGUUGCUCGCUGUGAUUGGUCGGCCUGGUCAUUGUGGACGUCUUGUGACAGUGUCUGUGGGACGGGAAUACAGCACCGUUACAGGUCUCCUCUGAGCCCAACGCGAGUGUCACGGGUCGAGCCGUGUGAGGGUGACUCUACAGAAGCCCGCCGGUGCUAUGUGCCCUGCUCAGACAGGUCAGACGGGGUCGUGUGGGGCGAGUGGACGAUGUGGUCCGAGUGCAGUAAGACGUGUUUUCAUCACGUGGAUGCUGUGGGUCUGAGACGGCGCUUCAGGAGCUGUAAUCACACAGACACUAGCGCCCCCUGUGGUGAAGACUCUGAAGAACAAGAACCAUGCAACACGUUUCACUGUCCAGUGAACGGUGGCUGGUCGUCCUGGUCCAGUUGGUCUGAUUGUUCAUCAGCGUGUGAUUCUGGAGUUCAGACGAGAGAUCGGUUCUGCAGCGCUCCUCCUCCUCUGUACGCAGGUCUCGGGUGUCCCGGGCCGCACAUCCAGACGCGUGACUGUAACGUUCAGCCCUGCACUGGUGUGUGUCCAGACGGCAUGAGUUUCCUGUUAAAGGAGCAGUGUCAGGCUCAGGGAGGGGCGUGUCCUCGGGUGUGUCUGGAUGCCAUGCUGGACGUUGAGUGCGCUACUGAGUGUUAUGAUGGAUGUUACUGUUCUCCCGGUCACUAUCUGUACAACAACACAUGUGUUCCUCUGGAGCACUGUCCGUGUUAUCACAAGGGGGCGCUGUACAUGCCGGGAGACACGGUUUCAUUCCACCACUGUAACAACUGCACGUGUGUUAAUGGAGAGAUGGCGUGUGGAUCGACGCCAUGUCCUGUGGAUUGUGGGUGGAGUGAAUGGACCUCCUGGAGCGCCUGCAGCCGUACGUGUGACGUUGGCAUCAGACGGCGCUUUCGGUCAGGCACCAGUCCAGCGCCGGCGCUCGGUGGACGGGCCUGUGAGGGAGAACGCAUCGGACUAGACACAUGCAGCAUUACACCCUGUUUUGGAGUGAAGGGUACGUGGAGCCCGUGGUCCGAGUGUUCGGUUCCCUGUGGAGGAGGCUACAGGAACAGAACCAGAGGUCCAAUCAGAACCCACGGAACAUCUCAACAGUUCAGUGCCUGUAACCUUCAGCCCUGCGGAAGUGGAAGUGUGUGUGCAGCGGGACAGGAGUGGAGCGAGUGUGUGAGGGAUGUGUUGUUGUGUUCAGAUUUGGGCACUGAUAUCCAGAGAGACGCUACCUGCCACCCUGGAUGCCAGUGUCCUGAUGGCUCAGCCUUACAGGAUGGAGCAUGUGUGUCUCUUUCCUCUGUGUCGUUGGCAUUGGACGGCAACUGGUCAUCUUGGACUCCGUGGGGUUUGUGUUCAGUGUCGUGUGGCACUGGUCUUCAGUCUCGCUAUCGGUUCAUCGUUCUGACCCGGAGCGGGGGAAACGGGCUGCCGUGUGUCGGGCCGGACAGAGAGGACAGAGUUUGUGCCUUCAGCGCUCUGCAGCCGUCAGACGGAGGCUGGAGCGAGUGGACGUUUUGGACAGACUGCAGUAAAUCAUGUGGUGGAGGUGUGAGGAGUCGCAGGAGAGCUGUAAUAAGCCCAUCACAGGAUGAUGAGACUAUUGUUGAAGGACUGGGAACUGAACUCAUCACCUGUAACACAAACCACUGUCCAGUGGCUCCAUGUUCACAUGUUCCAGGCAGUGUGUUCAGUGCGUGUGGGCCGUCGUGUCCACGCUCAUGUGAUGAUCUGACUUACUGUGAGUGGCGCUGUGAGCCGGGCUGUUACUGUACCGAUGGUAAAGUUCUGAACUCAAACGGUUCCGAGUGUGUAGAGAGAGAGUCCUGUCACUGUCUGGACAUGCUCACAGGACGACGAGUCAAACCCGGAGAGAUGGUCCCCGCUCCAGACGGCUGUAAUAACUGCACGUGUGAUGGAGGAAAACUCAUCUGCAGUGAGAACUCAUGUCCAGUGGAUGGAGGCUGGUGCGAGUGGUCCGACUGGACGCCGUGUUCAAAGACGUGCGGGGUGGAGUGGGUGACACGAUACCGCAGCUGUGCCUGUCCUGAACCCAGAUCAGGAGGAGCGUCAUGUCCAGACCAGCAGGAGGAACAUGCCGGACUGGGUGUUCAGAUCCAGAGACAGCCCUGUCCGUCUGUCACCUUCUGUUCUGUUGACGGCUCGUGGGGUUCAUGGGGUUCGUGGUCAGACUGUGACGCGUGUGAAGGUGUGUCAGUCAGACAGCGGGUGUGUAACAGUCCUCCGGCCAGGUUUGGUGGUCUGCCGUGUCACGGAGAGAGUCGACAGACCCAUGGCUGCCACGACAACAUCACCGUCUGUACAGACUGUGGUGGUGGUCAGGAGUUUUGGCCGUGCGGGAAGCCCUGUCCUCGCUCUUGCUCCGAUCUCCAUGGAGACACAGAGUGCGUGGAUGCUCUGGGAUGCAGCCCCUCCUGCGGUUGUCCCGGAGACAUGAUGCUGCAGGAUGGAGUGUGUGUGGAGCGAGAUCUGUGUCGCUGUAAAUAUCACAACAGCAGCACGUUUGUGUUAGACGCUGCUAAUGUUUCCUGGUCGUGGUCCGGCACAUCAGACUGGCAACAGGCCAAUCCUGGAGAGGCCGUGAUCACCGACUGUAAUAAUUGCACUUGUGAUGCCGGCGUCCUCCAGUGUGAAUCACUUCCUGGUUGUUUUGUGGAUGGUGGAUGGAGCCAAUGGGCACCCUGGUCUGAAUGCUCCGCCCCAUGUGGGGGCGGGGUUAGAAUGCGGUUACGUCAUUGUGAUAACCCCGCCCCUCAGGGAGGAGGCAGACAGUGCUCAGGGUCUGGUGAACAGCUGAAAGUGUGUAACGCUCAUAAUUGCACAGACUCUGGGCCGUGGUUCGACUGGUCGGCGUGGUCUGUGUGCUCUGUCAGUUGUGGUGGAGGGUCUCAGAGGCGUAGUCGUGUCUGCCGAACUCCUCCCUGCUCGGGGAUGAAGCGUCAGAGCAAGACGUGUAACACACAAGUGUGUCUGGAGGUGGGUUGUCCUCCCGGUCGUCUCUAUAGAGAGUGUGACGCAGGUGAUGGCUGUCCGUUCAGCUGUUCUCAGGUCAGUGGUCAUGAGGGCUGUUACUCAGAGGGCUGUGAUGAGGGCUGUCACUGUCCACUCAACACGUACCAGCACAAUGGGACCUGCGUUCACGAAUGCCCGUGUCUGGUGGACAGUGAGUUCCUGGCCUCUCUGCAGGGCGUGUCGGUGACCCCUGAGUUGACCCCUGACCUCCAGAACAUCACAGAGGGAACAGAGCUGAUGUCUGGAGAAGAGCUGAUGCAUGAAUGCAGCUCCUGCUCAUGUGAGCACGGGCUGUGGAACUGUUCUUUGGUGCCGUGUCCUCGUGAUGGAGGUCUGUCUCCCUGGGGUCCCUGGGGUCCGUGUUCACUGAGCUGUGGGGGUUUAGGACAGAAGAGUCGCAGCAGAAGGUGUGAUCAGCCAACACCUGCUCACGGCGGUCGAGACUGUGAUGGGCCUCUGCUGGACACCGCUUACUGUCAGACACCUGACUGUCCAGUGGUAUCUGUUCCAACGGAGGAACCGUCUCUACCUGAUGAGGACAUGGGGUUCUCUCAGUGGUCAGCGUGGUCUCAGUGCUCCAGAACCUGCAGUGAUUCGUCUUCUCCCGCUCUGAAGUUUCGUACGAGAGAGUGUGUGCGUGAGCUGUGUUCUGGAGAGACCCGACAGGAUCGAGUGUGUAACCUGCCGCAGUGUCCCGACGGUGGCAUGUGCGAGGGUCUGGAUUGUGUUGACAGGAACUGUUCCUGGACCGAGUGGGCCGAGUGGACUCCUUGUUCUCGCUCAUGUGGGGUGGGUCAACACCAGCGUGUCCGGACCUUUCUCGCCCCAGGCAUCAACGGGACCUGGUGUCAGGACAUCAUUGGAGGAAAUGUGGAAAACCGCUUCUGUAACAUUCGAGCCUGUCGCGUGGAUGGAGGUUGGUCUCGCUGGAGCUCUUGGUCUCGCUGCGGUAAAUCUUGCGGAGGUGGACGAUCCAUCCGAACUCGCUCAUGCUCGAGUCCUCCGCCUAAAAACGGAGGCCGCAAGUGUACAGGAGAGAAGAAUCAGGUCAAACCCUGUAACACCAGACCCUGCGAUGAUCACGGCUGUCCACCCGGGCAGGAUUUUGUGUCCUGUGCCAAUGAGUGUCCACAGCGCUGUUCAGAUCUCCAGCAGGGGAUUCAGUGUCAGGGCAGCUCUGAAUGUCAGCCGGGCUGUAGAUGUCCACACGGUCAGUUACUGCAGGACGGAGUGUGUGUUCUGUUAUGGCAGUGCGACUGUCUGGACGCGUCGGGUCAGAGUUGGGUGGCGGGCAGCAUGCAUCAGGUGGGCUGUAAUAACUGCAGCUGCGCAGACGGCACGCUCACCUGCACCAACCGCACCUGCGCAGGUGAAAGCACAUGCACGUGGAGCAGCUGGUCUAACUGGGCGUCCUGCAGCAGCACGUGUGGACCUGGACGACGGACGCGGUUCAGGUCUUUGGUUCCUGAGAGCGCUGAUGUUGACUGCCAGUUCGAGGAAGUACAGCACAAAGCAUGUGACCCCGGGCCGUGUCCUCCGCUGUGUGUACGCAAUGGGCAGGAGGGGUCUGUGGGUGACACGUGGAUAGACGGGGAAUGUAAACAAUGUACCUGUAUUCCUGAAGGAGAUUACUGUCAGGAUAUAGAUUGUCGAGUGGAUGGUGGAUGGACGCCGUGGUCUGUGUGGUCUGACUGUCCCGUCACAUGUGGGAAGGGUAAACAGAUUCAAACCCGAGCCUGUAUCAACCCUCCACCGCGCAACAACGGCACAUACUGUACAGGACCUGAGAGAGACACCCAGGACUGUCACGCUGGACCUUGUCUGGAUGAUGUGUGUCCGUGGUCGGCGUGGUCACUCUGUUCUCGAAGCUGUGGUGCUGGUGUGAUCUCCAGACAUCGACAGUGUGUGUGUGAGGAUGACGGAGAUCACGCAUGUCCUCCAGGGGUCGACACAGACAGAGAAGAGACACAGUUGUGUUAUAAGAGACCCUGUCCAGACUGUGUGAUGUCCGAGUGGAGCGAGUGGUCCAUGUGUUCUUGUGUAUCUCAGUAUCAGCAGAGGUAUCGUGCACCGCUCAUCUCGGCCUCCGGUGGGCAGCACUGCACUGAUCUUGAGAGACAGAGUCGACCCUGCACACCUGAAAACUGCCAAGACUGUGAGGAGCCCUUCGUGUUCUCUGAAUGUGGAUCAGCGUGUGAGAAACACUGCGAUCUGUUGGGUGAAACUGACUCCUGUGUGGACUGCACGCCCGGCUGCUUCUGUCCCGAGGGUGUCCUGCAGCAGAACGGCUCAUGUGUCCGGCCGGAUCAGUGCGGAUGUGUUCAUCUCCUGCAUCAGGGUUCAGAUAGACCCGUGCCUGUCACCGUCCCGCAGGGGGCGCUGCUCACCGAGGGCUGCAGGACGUGUGUUUGUCGUGAUGGCUCUCUGCAGUGUGCUUCACGGGAAUGUGAAGUGAUGGUCAGUGAGUGGUCAGAAUGGACCUCCUGCUCUCCGUGUAUCCCAGCGUCCUCUUCUCUCUCUGGUGGGAUGGGUUCGGGUCUUGUUUCCGUGCAGCGUCGGUUUCGGGCCUGUCUGGAUGUGGAGUCAGGGCUGCCGGUCAGCGGGCGAGAGGGCGACUGUGAGGAGGACCUGGAGGAGGAGAGACUCUGCCCGCAGCCCGACGUCUGCGCAGAUGUGUGUCACUGGAGCCUGUGGAGCAUUUGGAGCGUCUGUCAAGACCCCUGCAGCGGUGGCUUCCGUCAGCGCGAGCGACGACCCCUGACCUCUGACCCUGCACCUCACUGCAGAAACCUGCAGAUGCAGUCUCAGAGCUGCAACACGGGCCUCUGUCCCGGUGAGAACUGUGAGGACAGGGGGCGUGUCUACGACGACUCCUGUGCCAAUCGGUGUCCCCGCAGCUGCGCAGACCUGUGGGAUCACGUUCAGUGUCUGCAGGGCCGCUGUCACGCAGGGUGUCGCUGUGCCGACGGGCGGCUCUUACAGGACGGCUCGUGUUUGCGAGUGGAUGAAUGUCGCUGUGGGGUUUUGGCGGAGAACGGAACGCUUGAGAUCCAACCUGGUCAGAACGUAACCAUCGACUGCAACAGCUGCUCGUGUGUUAACGGAUCGCUGGAGUGUUCGGAUCGGGUGUGUCCCGUGUACGGUCCAUGGGGAGCAUGGAGCGAGUGCUCGGUGUCGUGUGAAUCGGGCUUGCGGAUGCGCAGUCGAACCUGCAAACCUGUCGCAGGAGGAGAGGCUUGUGAAGAAACCUUCCAGAAUCAAACCUGCUCUCUGCCGCCCUGUCCAGCUGGUUGUGUUAUGAGCGAUUGGUCGUCUUGGACAGACUGCAGCGCCUCCUGUGGUGGAGGAGUGUCACUGCGCAGAAAGACCAUCUUACAGGAGCCGGAGCGGGGGGGCUCGACCUGUCCCGGACCCCUGGAGCAACACAUAGCAUGCAAUACUAACAGCUGCCUGCCUGAUUGUCCUGCGGGUCAGGAGUUCAGUCUCUGUGCUGGUUUGUGUCCGUACGGCUGUGAGGAUCUGUGGCCUGAGAAUCAGUGUGUGUCUGUCACCUGCGGUCCUGGAUGUGUCUGUCCUACAGGAUCAGUUAUGCUCAACGGGACGUGCGUUCCACCAUCCGAAUGUCCUUGUUCUCGUCUGUCUCUCCUGCUGGCCUUUCCCAACAUGACUCUGGACGUCCAGGAACAUCAUGUUCCCCCCGGAAGCUUCAUACCACAUUUGUGCAAUUCCUGCGUGUGUGAUGGCGGCGUCUUCACCUGCUCUAAUGUGUCAUGUGACGUGGACUGUGAAUGGAGCAGUUGGUCUGCGUGGAGCUCGUGCUCAGCGUCGUGUGGAUCUGGACAUCAGUUCUCCAGUCGGACGGUUCAGAGAGAGCAUCAGUACGGAGGAUGGGAAUGUGAGGGACCCUCAAGCAGAACUCAAACCUGCCGGGGUCCUGAAUGCGAGUGUCCGGAGGGUGAACGCUGGCUCUGGGCGGUCACCGGAUUAGAGCGUGUGUGUGAGAGAGGCUGUUUGGACAUGUAUGGUCCUGAACCGCUCAACUGCAGGAGUCGUGGGGCAUCAGAGGGGUGCGUGUGUGAGGAGGGACUCUAUCGCAGUCCGGACGGCCGGUGUGUGAUUCCAGCUCUGUGUCAGUGUGAAGAUCAUGAUGGAACGCUUCGAGAGCCGGGGUCAGAGUGGAUGGACGGUUGCCUGUCCUGCCGUUGUGUUAAUGGUCAGAGACGCUGUCAAUCAAACUGUCCUUCACUUCAUUGCUCUGAGGGUGAAGUGAAGGUUCUGGAGCCGGGGGUCUGUUGUCCAGUGUGCAGGAGGGAGUAUCCAGAGGAUCCUGUUGCCGAGUGCCGUCGUUACACCGAGGUCAGGAACAUCACCAAGGGCGACUGUCGCCUCGACAACGUGGAGGUCAGCUUCUGCAGAGGGCGCUGUUUGUCCAGAAUCGAUGUCAUUCUAGAGGAGCCCUACCUCCAGGCAUUUUGUGACUGUUGCAGUUACAGGCUGGACCCGCAGAACCCGGUGCAUUUUCUCAGUCUGCAGUGUGCCAGCGGAGAUGUAGAGCCUGUCGUUCUGCCCGUCAUUCACAGCUGCGAGUGUACCAGCUGUCAGGGUGGAGACCUGUCGAGACGUUGAACGGCCACUGAUGAAUGGACUUAGCGUUUGGAGAGAGAAUGCCGCGUCCUUUUAUUCGUCCAGUGUUAAUUACGUAGAUUGUCAUUAUAUGACUGAAUCUUUUCUAUUUAAUAUUUCCUAAAGCUCUACGAGAUUUACCUUCUGUACAGCCUUUAAAUUAUGAUUAUCACUUAUUUCUGACUUUAAAAAUACAGCAGGGUUUGCAAAAUAAUAAUGUAAUACUUUAUUACACUAGCUCUUCCUGAUUUGAUAGAAUUAUUGCCAAAGAUAUUGAUCUUUCUGUUGUCAUAACAAGUGAUUUCUUUAAAUAGGUUUGUAGAAAAAUGUAUAUUAAAAGAGAUAUGAA